CACUCCAGUAAACACAGGCACCGCGCACGAGCCGUGCGCGCCGUGACGUCAGCGGGCUUUAUUGCCACGAGCGAGGAGUCGUGCGCGCGUCCACGAAAGCAACACGAUGGCGUCCCGCCGCCGCGGAGGCUGCUUUUCCUCGCCACACUAAAGUCCUCCACCGCGGACUCUUUGUUCCGAGUCCCCGCGGCAACAACAUGUCGGCCGGGGCCGCGUCCCGGCGCCAGUCGUGCUACCUGUGCGACCUGCCCCGCAUGCCGUGGGCCGUCAUCUGGGACUUCAGCGAGGCGGUGUGUCGCGGGUGUGUCAACUACGAGGGGGCCGACAGGGUCGAGUUCGUUAUCGAAGCCGCCCGCCAGCUCAAGCGGGCCCACGGCCUCCGGGAGGGCCGAGCCUCGCAGCCGGGGAAGGCGCCUCUCCCCGGGAAGGAGCUCCACCAUUCGGCCGGGGAGCCUGCCUCGCGCCUGGACCGCUACCCGCCGCGCCCGGGCCCGGACUACCAGGCGGGGCGGCUGACCAACGGCUUCCCCAAAGGCGACGAGACGCCCGAGCCCAACCGCCAGAGCCCCAACCCGCGACGGCCGCCGAGCCUGGUGCAGCUGGUCAACGGCGGCCAAGCUGCGGUCGUGGAGAAAAACAUGGCGGGCAAGAGCGUGCGCGAGCUCAUGGCCCUGCACGCGCUGGACAGCAGGCUGAAGAAGGAGCACGUGACCAUGCAGCGGAUGAUGGCGUGUGACGGCCCCGCCUCCUCGUCCAAAACAGACAGGGGGAAGCACCUGCGCAGUGUGAAGAGGAAGGCCUCGCCCGAGCCCGAUGGCGAAGGCUGCGCCCCCAAGCUGAACGGCGCCGAGGGUCAGUCGUGGCUGCCGGCGCCCUCCGAGGUCGCCAAGAUGCCCGGCUUCCCGGACGCGCACACGGCACCCCCCGAGGCCGCCGCGGCGCAGAACUCUCCGUCCCCGAUGGCCGCGCUCAUCCUCGCCGCAGACCACGCUGGCGCCGUGGGCUCGCCCAGAGACGGCGCUCAGGUUCAUUCCACGACGGCGGGCGCACGGAGUAACAGCGGCAGCCCCCCGUCGCCGUCCUCCACGUCCCACCACAGGCCGGCCCAGAGGGAGGGGCCCGGCGGCGCCGACUCGGCGGACCCCCCGCCUCACGGCGCCCCCGACUCGUCGGUGGCGGCGGCGAGUGGCGUGCCGCUGUGCUGCACGCUGUGUCAAGAGCGUCUGGAGGACACGCACUUUGUGCAGUGCCCGUCGGUGGCGUCGCACAAGUUCUGCUUCCCGUGCUCGCGGGAGAGCAUCAAGCAGCAGGGCGCCAGCGGCGAGGUGUACUGUCCCAGUGGCGAGCGCUGCCCCCUGGUGGGCUCCAACGUGCCCUGGGCCUUCAUGCAGGGCGAGAUCGCCACCAUCUUGGCCGGCGACAUCAAGGUCAAAAAGGAGCGGGACCCCUGAAAGGUUCCUGUGGCGACCGUGACGCGUGCAUAGGGACUCGUAACCAUGACGACGGUGUUUUUGUUUUUCCACCACUUUUGUGUUUGUAUUUUUUUUUUUGGAAGAAUGUGAGCGAGCACUUGGCCAAUAAAAGCAAACUACUCCGUA